AUGAUUGAUGAGGUAUUAACGAAACAAAAAUCUAAUUAUGAUGCUGAGAUAGAAAAAUUAAGAAAGGAAGUUCAAUCCUCCAAAGCACAAAAAACACAGGCACCGGUUCCGCAAACCAUUGAACCGGUUAGACAGCCAAGAAGCCCCCCAUCAAAUUUAAAAAUGGAAGAAGAUUAUAAAAAUUAUUAUGUAGCGAAAUACUUUAACGAUUUAAAAAUAUAUAGUAAAAACGAUUUAGAUUCAAAUUAUCCUGAAAAACCUUUUCAAAGAUCUCGUACACCCGCUCAU